GAAGAAAGUAGUUUCUUUGGUUGAUUUCGAUUUGAUAAAAGCAAAGUGUGUUAUUCGAAGCUUCUUUUGAUUCGCAAAUAUAAAAUCAAUAAGUGUUAGAUUAUCGAUACGAUAUAAAUGUUUUAGAGUUAAUGCAUCCCUAUUCUGUUAUCGUUGCAAUUUGGCAUUUUUUAUUUACUAUUUAUCGUUCUUUGUUCCCUCCACCCACAGAAGAAUAUACUCUCUACGAGAGGUUCUAUAAAAUCUCCCUAGUGUGCUGCUACGUUUUAAUCUUUCAAGCACCAGUGAUUGGAAAGGUUUAUUGGUGCUUUCCUUCCUUUGCAAUAUUUUUAUACUUAGCUGAGUACUAUUUAAUUUACCUAUUUUGGUCGCUAUCUGUAAAAUUUACCACGUACCUAAGAGUAAUUUAAUUGCAAUUGAAAUGGGAUCAGAACAAUCAACUUCUAGAAGAAGCAGGGAAAACCUCACCAAAGAUGAUGUUAAAAAUCUAUUCGAUGAACAAAAGAGACAGUAUAUAUUACGUCUAAAGGCCCAGCAAAUGAAAGAUCAGCAAAAAGCAGAACAGGCUGCUAGAGAAGCAGUACAAAGGGCAAUGGAAAAAAUGAGGCAAGAAAAAGUUAUUGAGGAAUCAACAUCUAAACUAAAUCAAUCAGCAGGCCAACAGCCAGCAACUGCAUCAAGAGAAGCAGUACCAAGAGAAAUGGAAAGAACGAGGCAAGAAAAUGUUAUUAACGAAUCAACAUCUAAACUAAAUCAGUCAACAGGCCAACAGCCAGCAAUUGCAACAUGUUUACAAAGAGAACCAAGACCCUAUAGUUUUUCACAAAAUGACAUACAUAUUGGAAUAGCACAACCGACCAGGACAUGCAUAUAUGGAAAUUUGGAAACAGCUUCUUCCAGUGGCAUUCCUGCCACAACACCUAGGCAACAAUCCCCUUUAACAACACUGGGAAAUCCUCCCACUGGGCCUUUCGGUAUUCCUGAUGCUACAAACAGUUAUCAAUCUACCAUCAGGACCCCAGAAAGUUCUAAUUUUGUACCUCAAAGGCCUGCAAAUGAAAAAGACGAACUCAACUGCCCAACAUGCAAGCAAAGUUAUACAGUCGCCAUUUAUCAGUGUUUUAAGGGGCAUAGCUCAUGUAGUAAUUGUAAAAGCAGACGUUUCCCAUGUGGCAUUUGUGGGUGUCCUAUCGGAGACAUGAGGAAUAUAUCUCUUGAAAGUUUUAUUGCAGAGAGUAAAGUAGCAUGUCCGAAUUCAAACGAUGGUUGCCGUUUGUAUAUUAAAAUGGCAGAUUUAGAAAUACAUGGAAAGGAAUGUCCAUUUAGUGAGAUGCUGUGCCCUCUAGCAGCUAUAUUUGGUCAAUGCCAAUGGAGAGGCAAACUUCCGCAAAUUUCGAAGCAUUUUAAUGACGUGCAUCCAAGUCAUUGCAACGCCGAUGUAGACACCGAGAUGUUUUUAACACGCUGCGAAACACAAAUGGUACAUUACGUUGCGUUGGGUACUUUUAAUUUCUUAUUUCACGUCAAAGUGUCCGAAUGCGAUCGUAAAAUUUACAUGACAGCUCAAUUGAUUGGUACUAAGCAAAGCGCAAGUAAAUGGUCUUACGAGAUUCAUAUUUAUAACAAAAGCCAAGCACGCAGAAAAUACCAGUACGUGGACGUUUGCCAUUCAAAUAAGACACCUUUAUCGGAGAUAUUUGCUGAAGAAAAGUGUGCCAUUCUCCCAUUCUCUUAUGCGGAAAACUUCUUUAACAGAGACUGUAUUAAUUAUAAAUUUUUCAUCAAGAAAGAUUUCGGAAGUAAAUCUUCGAGAAGCCGUAGUGCCCCUAGGCGUCGCUGUUAAUCUGAAACACCACUAAAUAAGCCUGGGCGCGGCGUACGGUUUCCUGAUCAGGAAUUCAGAUUCGUAAACCUGAAUGCACGUCCUAACAUAUAUCUUCAACGAGGCGCACAGUAUUCCGAUUUUUUCAGAAUGUAAAAGCUUAACUUUCGUUUGGGACUAUAAUUAAUAAAAAAAUCCAAACGACUGAUCUAGGCUCACGGAAUUCCGGACCAGGAAACGCAGUGGCGGCGCUAGGCGUCGGCGACGUCGGCCACCGCCAACGGCCUGGCGCCUCGAAAAUUUUUUACACGUUACCUAUUUUAUUUUCGUUUCUCCUGGCCUGGCUUAGGUAGCCGACCCCGAACAAUUCGGGGAAAAAGCUAAGCAGAUGAUAAUGACUUUUAUUAUUUUCUAACACGUGCGUGAUGGAAGCGAGUAGUACUUUACGGGUAUUCAGAAUCGUCUGUCUGGCAACACUAUUUUUGUAUUUAAAUUUCUAUGUUUGUAGUUAUUUUUUGUCAUCAUUUGAUUAUCAACAAUAAAACUCGUUUACUCAUACGUUAUUUUAUAAUUUGGCUUACUUAAUUUAACGGUUUUUUACUGCGAAGUAAAGUAGGCCUCGCGAACUUGAUGUCGCCGACGUCCACAUGUGGUCUAGCGCCGCCACUGAGGAAACGGUACGUUGGCGCCCAGGCUUAAAUUUCUUUCAUUUACAUUAUCAAAUAGGUACACGGUAGUUUAAGGGCUGCCUCGGGAUUUCGGAUACAUCGCCCUGCCAAAAUUAUUAUCAAUUCUAAUUCACAUGUUAUUAUAUUGUGUAAUAUUUUAUAAAUUAUGUUCGGUUUAAAAAUUAAAUUAGACAUUUAAAAAUACAGGCAGUCCUCGUACUUACGGUAUAUUAGGUUCUCCAAAUACGCGACGUAAAUCGAAACGACGUAAGUCGAGACAUCCGGCCCCACGGGCAUUAACCUCCCGACAAGUGUAUUCUCUUAUGCCGGAAAUCGAAACAAUUGACGUAUGCUUGAGGAAUAGUGUCAAAACAUUGUUUGACGUAACUUGAAACGACGUAAGUCGAGGACUGCCUGUAUUAUAAAAAAAAUGUGUACAAGAUGUACGACAGUAAAUAUUAUGAUAACUAGUUUUUAUGUUGUCAAUUUCUAUUGACAACUAGGUACUAUAGUUAAGCUUCGUAUUACGAUUGAGAAUUUUUAAGUUCUUAGCAUUGUAGUGUAGUCAUUUGACACAAAAAUUAUGUUAAAACGACCAAUGUAUAUUGUGCCUUUUUAUAAAGCGCAAUAAAUUAAUAUCAUGAGAAUGGUUUGUAAGAGAAGCUUUGUCUACAGAAAAAAAUACCCAAAUAUUAAUUUUCAUGUAUACGCAUGUAGGUAACAGGGAAAUUGGGUAGUAAUAAGAUAGUCUAAAAUAGCGAUAUUUGUAUGAAACAUCUCAACUAUGUGUUUCAUCUAAUUUCUGUUUUACAUAUUUAAUAUAAAACUGACAAAUUAGAUAGAUGAUUCAGAAAUCAUCUCAUCAUCAUCACAUUUGUUCAUUUUGUUUCAUGACCUUCUUGUCUUUAUAAGAGUCGCAAAAUGAAACAGUCUUAUCAAGGCAUAAAAUGUGCAUUCUCGCUAUUUUAGACCCAGUGUACAACGAAGAAUGAUAUUUGUAAGGAAUUAUCCCUACGCUAUUGUUAGCGGCUAAUUUACACGUCGGCAAGUACAAUAGCGAGUUUAUUUACGAUCUCGGCAAGUUAAGUUCUUAUAAGCAUUUGACGACGAAACGAUGAUAAGAACUUACCUCGCCAAGACUGUAACUUAGCUUGCUACUGUACCUACUUACCGAAGUGUAAAUCAGCCUUUACUUGCGAUUUCAUUAAUUGCGUUACUAAAACAUCAGUAAGUAUACAGCAAGAUAGUUUUAAGUUCUUAUGUUAUUUUAUAGAGAUACUUAGAUGUAUGUAUGUAUUUUAUUCUUUUAAUAGAUAGGUGGUAUAUGAGCAUAGAUCGCCUUAAUAUAAGUGCUGCAUAAAGGAGAAAUAUUUUUCUGUCGCAACUCAACGUUUGGUUUUUUAUAAGAACCAUAAAAUUACAACAUUGUGUUAAGUGGCAACAGUAUAAAUACAACAUAAAAUUGCUUUGUUUCUGACGCGACAAUGACCCUGGUGGUACCUAUAUUUUAUAAGCAAAAUAUAGAAAACUGGCAAUAAUGACUUAUUGUUUAUUUUUCAACGAAAGUGAUUAUAUAAUUAAUAAUGGAAUUUAUAAUGAGAAAAGAGGUCCGCUAAAACGGUUAAAGUGAUAAUAUUAUUAGGUUAUUAU